AAUAAUUCAAGUCAAGUUUAAGAAAUAAAUUAUAUUGAAAAUGGUGAAGUUCUCGCUCGACGAAAUACGUGGCUUAAUGGAGCAGCGGCGUAAUAUACGCAACAUAUCCGUUAUAGCACAUGUUGAUCAUGGUAAAUCGACAUUGACGGACUCUUUGGUCUCCAAGGCUGGCAUUAUAGCUGGCGCCAGGGCGGGCAAUAUGCGAUUCACCGACACUCGCAAGGACGAACAGGAGCGAUGCAUUACGAUUAAGUCAACUGCCAUCACAAUGUAUUUUGAGCUACAGGACAACGAUUUGGGCUUAAUUACACAGGAGGAUCAACGCGAAAAGGACACAAAUGGAUUUCUAAUUAAUUUGAUAGACUCACCCGGACAUGUGGACUUCUCCUCGGAGGUAACGGCUGCUCUGAGAGUGACCGAUGGUGCUCUCGUCGUUGUUGAUUGCGUCUCCGGUGUCUGCGUGCAAACGGAGACGGUUCUGCGCCAAGCGAUUGCGGAGCGCAUUCGACCCAUUCUCUUUCUGAAUAAAAUGGAUCGUGCUCUGCUCGAGCUACAACUGGACACGGAAGAGCUGUAUCAAACAUUCCAGCGCAUUGUGGAGAAUGUAAACUUGAUAAUUGCCACCUAUAACGAUGAUAGUGGACCCAUGGGUGAAGUAUCCGUCGAUCCAGCGAAGGGUUCCGUUGGCUUCGGUUCGGGUCUGCACGGCUGGGCCUUUACCCUCAAACAAUUCGCCGAAAUGUAUGCCGAUAAAUUUAAGAUUGAUGUGGGCAAGCUGAUGAAACGACUCUGGGGCAGUAAUUUCUUCAACACGAAAACAAGAAAGUGGCAAAAGCAACUGGAUGCGGACAGUAAACGAUCAUUUUGCCUAUACAUAUUGGAUCCCAUAUACAAGGUAUUCGAUGCUAUAAUGAACUACAAGACGGAAGAGAUAGCCGGCUUGCUGGAGAAGAUCGGUGUAAAGCUGCUGCCGGAGGAGCAGGAUCAGCAGGGAAAAGUGCUGUUGAAGACCGUGAUGAGAAAUUGGUUGCCGGCUGGAGAAACGCUGUUGCAGAUGAUCGCCAUCCAUUUGCCAUCACCCGUGGUGGCACAAAAAUAUCGCAUGGAAAUGUUGUACGAAGGUCCACAGACCGAUGAAGCAGCGGUCGCCAUUAAGAACUGUGAUGCCGAGGGACCACUGAUGAUGUACAUCUCAAAAAUGGUGCCCACCUCAGAUAUCGGAAGAUUCUAUGCUUUUGGUAGGGUGUUUGCCGGCAAGGUAUCUACUGGACAGAAGUGUCGCCUCAUGGGACCCAACUAUGUGCAUGGCAAGAAGGAGGAUCUGUGUGAGAAGGCCAUCCAGCGCACAGUUUUAAUGAUGGGUCGCACUGUGGAGGCCAUUGAGGAUGUGCCAGCAGGCAAUAUCUGCGGUCUAGUGGGUGUGGAUCAAUUCCUGGUUAAAACGGGCACAAUAACAACGUUCAAGGAGGCGCACAACAUGAAGGUCAUGAAGUUCUCCGUGUCGCCCGUUGUCCGAGUUGCUGUUGAGCCCAAGAAUCCUGCCGAUUUGCCCAAGCUAGUCAUCGGUCUAAAGCGUCUGGCCAAAUCCGAUCCGAUGGUGCAGUGCAUCAUUGAGGAGUCGGGCGAACAUAUUAUUGCCGGUGCCGAUGAAUUGCAUUUGGAGAUCUGCAUCAAAGAUCUGGAAGAGGAUCAUGCCUGCAUACCACUAAAAACAUCCGAUCCUCUGGUAUCUUACCGCGAAACAGUUUUGGAGGAGUCCAAUCAGUUGUGUCUGUCCAAAUCGCGCAACAAACAUAAUCGUUUGACCAUGAAGGCUCUGCCCAUGCCGGAGGGAUUGCCAGAGGACAUUGAUAAUGGCGUAGUCACAGCACGAGAUGAAUUCAAGAAGCGUGCACGUUACUUGAACGAGAAGUACGCCUAUGAUGUGAGUGAGGCGCGCAAGAUCUGGUGCUUCGGUCCUGAUUGCAAUGGACCUAAUAUCAUUGUGGACUGCACCAAGUCGGUGCAGUAUCUGAAUGAGAUCAAGGACUCGGUCGUUGCCGGUUUCCAGUGGGCCGCCAAGGAGGGCGUCCUGGCUGAGGAGAAUUUACGUGGUGUACGCUACGAUAUACACGAUGUAACGGUGCAUGCGGAUGCAGUGCAUCGCAGUGGCAGUCAGAUUAUUCCGACCACGCGACGCUGUCUAUAUGCCGCAGCAAUAACAGCGAGUCCUCGUCUCUUGGAGCCCGUUUAUCUGUGUGAGAUUCAGUGCCACAAUUUGGCCGUUGGCGGCAUCCACAAAGUGCUGAGCAGAAGACGUGGUCAUGUCUUUGAGGAGGCCCAAGUGCCGGGCACACCCAUGUAUGUGGUCAAGUCCUAUCUGCCGGUCAAUGAAUCAUUUGGCUUCACGGCCGAAUUGCGCACCAAUACACGUGGUCAGGCAUUUCCGCAAUGUGUGUUCGAUCAUUGGCAAAUGCUGCCCGGAGAUCCCUGCGAGCUCAACAGCAAACCCUAUCAGAUUGUGCAGGACACGCGCUUGCGCAAGGCUUUGAAACCAGGAUUGCCGGAACUUUCACUGUAUUUGGAUAAGUUAUAGAGAGAAAAUUACUGAUCUUUAAGUUGAUCCAUGACUGGUUUUUAAAUUAAUACUCUUUAUUUUCCACUCUUUUCAUAUUUAUGUAUUUAUUCAUGAACCACUUCU